AUGGAGGCAUUCAAGAGUUUGCUCAGCCCACUGGGCAUGCAGACUUCAAACGCCAUUCAAGACACCUUAAAAUUGGUCGUCCUAGGGGGCACCGUUGAGACGGCUAGGCGAAUGUCCGCUUCAGCAUGGAAUGGUUUCGUAGAAUCAUUCUUCUUGACAGCUCACUUCAGUCAAGAGGACUAUCCGCACGACUGCCGGGAAUUUGACAUAACCACUCGGACCGUAGGCCGCAAUACGAUCACCACCACGACUGCGGGCGACUUGGAGGAGGACGAGGAUGAGAGUGACGAAGUUUUGGUUCACGGACGUAAGAAGCGGAAAGUGGCCUUCAUGCCAAGCAUGGACACGACACAUACAAUUUACUACCACGGUCAUUGGCUCCGCAUAACUCGAUCCAAACGCUGUCAGGACUAUGGCUACUGUUCCGAGCUCAAGAUUAGCGUGGUAGCGCGCAGUAAUGAUAUCCUAAAGAAGCUCGUACUUGAGGCAAAGCGGGAAUAUGAGAAAGACGCCGAGCAUCGCGUUCACAUAUUCAUGGCAGACACGAGCUACGGCUGCUGGCGGUGGAAUGGCGCUCGUCAGAAGCGCCCAAUGAGCUCGAUAGUUCUCGAGCCCGGCGUGAAGGAGAUGCUGCUCUCAGACUGCAAGGAUUUCUUGCAGUCAGAAGAUUGGUACGCUGAAAGAGGUAUCCCCUUCCGUAGAGGGUAUUUGCUUUACGGAGUCCCCGGAAGCGGCAAGACAUCUUUGAUUCAUUCACUAGCCGGAGAGCUCGGGCUCGAUAUAUACGUUGUCAGCUUAUCCUCUAAGGGUAUGAGCGAUAAUACGUUAGCGAAUUUGAUGGGAAAUGUACCAUCAAGAUGUAUCUUGCUUCUUGAGGAUCUCGAUGCUGCUUUCACACGAUCUGUUUCCCGUGAUUCUGGCUCUACUGGCGCACCUCCGGCCUCAGGCACGGCCACGGCUAGCGAGACCAAAGACCAAGCUAGUGAUGGAUCUACUUUAAGUCUGAGCGGCCUACUGAACAGUCUUGAUGGCGUCGCAGCUGCUGAGGGCCGCUUGCUCUUCGCAACCACUAACCAUAUCGAGAGGCUCGACCCGGCUCUCAGUCGCCCGGGGCGUAUGGAUGUAUGGGUGAACUUCAAGCACGCGACUAAGUUCCAAGCAGAAGGGAUCUUCAAGUGCUUCUUCCCGUGCAAGAAGUCGGCCGCGGACGCCACACCGUCUUCAUCCAAAACGUCGUCUUCGACUCCGUCGGCGGAUGACGUUUCGCAGACCAAUGUGCCUGGUUCGAAGCGGAAGCCGCACAUUGUUAACCUCCUGAGCGAGGAGGAGAUUUCCGGACUAGCUAAACGUUUCGCAGAUGCCAUCCCCGAGGACGAGCUCAGUGUCGCCGCUCUGCAAGGCUAUCUACUGAAGAACAAGACACGUCCGAGGGAGUGUGUAGAUGAGGUUCACGAAUGGAUCAAACAAGAGCGCGAGACGAGAGAUAGACUUAAGAAGGAGAAAGAGGAGAAGGAGGAGAAGGAAGCUAAGGAGGUGAGAUCUUCGUCGAAAGCCGAAAGGGCUGAGAAGAAAGAAGCCAGGCUGAAAUCUAAACGAAUGUCGUCGCGUUCUGUGGAGGUCACAUCCUCCAAGGCUGAGACUCCUACGUCUGAUGUUGCGGUUUCGCCAGUGGAGGAAUCUUCAUCUGAAUCAUCAAGUUCUGAGGUGGACGGCACGAGCACCGGUGCGGAUGCCGAUACGGAGGAGAGUGUCACGUCAGAGGAAGAGACGGAGAAGCCAAUGGAAACUCAAGAGCCUGCAAAAGAUGCCAAGGAGAAAUGGGUUGCUGUCAAAGGUCAACAGACCGCGACUCCUGAAGUAAACGCCAAAGCCUGUGCGUGA